AUGGGGAACCCAAUCAAAUCAUCCUCUUCACCCGAGUCGUUCCUCACCCAUUCCUACGACUACAUUGUCAUUGGCGGCGGCACUGCUGGUCUAGCGGUUGCCUCUCGACUGGCAGAGGAUGCCUCACUUAGGGUAGGCGUCCUAGAAGCGGGCGGCAUUGCACAUGGCGAAGACAAUGUUGAUAUCCCCGCUUUCUACGGCCGUUCCCUCGGCGGUCCGUUGGAUUGGGCCUUUGAGACAGAGCCACAGGACGGUUUGGGCGGGAGACGGUUGCCGUGGCCGAGGGGAAAGGUGUUGGGGGGAACAAGCGCCCUGAAUUUUAUGACGUGGGUUCGAGGCGGCAGGGAGGAUUAUGAUGACUGGGCGGCGUUGGGAAAUCAAGGAUGGGCCUGGAAUGAUUUACUCCCAUUCUUCAAGAAAUCCGAAACAUUCCACCCGCCAACUCAAGCACUCAGGGAGGAAUACAUCGCCACACACGACCCCGAGGCCUUUGGCACGACUGGUCCCAUUCAAAUAUCUUACUCUCCCGACUAUUCAGCUUCUCACAAGCUGUGGCACUCAACACUCAAUGCUGUUGGCAUCAAGACCAAUUCCGCCCACCUGUCGGGAUCGAAUGUCGGUGUGUGGACGAAUGUGAAUACCGUCGACCCUGUAACAGCUGCCCGAAGCUAUUCCACCAGUUACUACCUCGCACACCAGCCUGAUAACUUGCAUAUCCUGACGGGAGCCACCGUGCACGAGAUUGUGCUUUGCAAAGAUGGCUCCGGCGAUGAGGACGACUAUGUAGCGACCGGAGUGCGCUUCUCUCACGGCGGCAAGCAGCAUGUGGUUAAUGUGACAAGGGAGGUGGUGUUGUCAGCUGGAACCGUCCAGUCUCCUCAAAUUCUGGAAAUGUCUGGAAUUGGAAGCACCGAGGUCUUGAAAAAGGCCGGUGUUCAAGUGAAGGUGGACAGCCCAAUGGUCGGAGAGAACUUGCAAGACCACAUCAUGGUGGCCAUGAUAUUCGAGGUAGACCCCUCGCUAUCAAACCCUGAUGAUCUUUUAACGGAUGAGGCUGUCAUCGCCGCCGCGCGGGAGCAGUACCUCCGCGAGCAGAGAGGCCCCUUCACCGUUCUCCCAUGCGCGCUCGCAUACAUUCCCUUCUCUCACGCCGUCCCGCCACACUUCCUGGCCGAAAUUCACACCAAAUCUGCCAACAUUACAGCUUACGAUGACGGAAAACGCGCCAUCCUUCGAAGACGUCUUGACGGCACAUCAACCCUCGGUCAAGUAGAGUACAUCUUUGACCUGGGCAACUGGAGCACCACGUUCAAAGGGGACGCUGGCAAGAAAUACGGCACCAUGCUCCAGAUGCUUCAGCACCCGUUUUCCGUAGGGUCAAUCCACAUCCGCCCGGGUCAGAGCUCCACGGGGGACACAAAGCCCAUCAUCGACCCGGCAUACUACGCCGGCCGACACGGGCAGCUUGACGCCGAAAUCAUCAAGGAGUGCAUCCACUUGGGACAGAAGAUUGCCCAAACGCAGCCGUUGGCCGGCAUCAUUCGUGCCGCCGCACAUCCCACGCCCGAGAUUGUGGCUGACGAUGCUCGGCUGCGAGACUGGGUGAGGCAACACACUAUUACGGAUUGGCACCCGGUUGGGACGUGCGGCAUGGGCGGAAGAGCAGGCAUCAAGGGAGGCGUGGUCGACGAGCGAUUGAGGGUAUAUGGCGUCAAGGGGCUGAGAGUCGUGGACGCGAGCGUGAUGCCGUUGCAGAUUAGCGCGCAUCUGCAGGCGACUGUCUAUGCUAUUGCUGAGAAGGGCGCGCACAUGAUUCUUGAGGAUGGGGGGCGACGGUGA